CGUAGGGUGAAAGGUCAGGUUAUCGAUGACAUCAUCGCGGGAAGAUGGCGGACGGGGAAUCUGGCGGGAGUUGGUGGGGCAGCUGGAUACAGGAAAGCCUCCAGUCAGUCAAAGAAAAGUCAACUGAAGCACUGGAAUUUAUGAAGCGGGACCUUGCAGAAUUUUCACAUGUAGUGCAACAUGACACAGCUUGUACAAUUGCCGCUACUGCUAAUGCAGUGAAGGAAAAGCUGAGUGCGGAAACUUCUACAGGAGCAGGGCAGCAAGUCAAAAAAGGAUUAUCCAACAUUCUUGGAGUCCUCUCGGACACGUUUGCACCUCCUCCAGACAAAACCAUUGACUGUGAUGUUAUAACAUUGGUUGCAACACCCUCUGGCACCACAGAACUCUACGACAGUACUAAGGCUCGACUUUACAGUCUUCAGGCUGAUCCAGCCACGUACUGCAAUGAACCAGACGGGCCCUUGGAGCUCUAUGAUGAGUGGGUGGCUGAUUUUAAUCUUGAUGAUCAAAAAGGGGAAAUCUCCAGCCUGUUGGUGAACAGCCCUUCAGUCCGUGCACUUUACACAAAAAUGGUGCCAGCUGCAGUGUCGCAUUUGGAAUUCUGGCAUCGAUACUUUUAUAAAUUACAUCAGUUGGAACAGGAGGAAACCAGGAGAAUAGCAUUGAAGCAGAGAGCAGAGCAGACUUCUCAUUCAGAGGAGCUUAGGUGGGAGGAAGAAGAGGAUGAAUUCGUUGGGGCCUUGCCUCUUAACAUGGACCUUCACCAUUUGCCACAAACCUCAGUGUUACCUGCACAAUCUCCAGUCUCGUGCUCCAGAAUAGAGAACUCUCUUGAACUCCAGAGCGUUGAUGUUACUGAUGUUGGCCAAACAUCAUUGAAACACCAAUCUGUAAAUGCUGAACAAAACCCUGUAGAACUUCAGUUGAAAAGCCAGAUCUCCACUUCCAGUGAGACAUCUAGGUCUGAGGAGACUGUGAAAGAGGUUGCAGAGAAUGAAGCAAAAACCACUGUGGAAUUGGUGGCUGAGCAGGAAAUGAAGCCUAAGAUUCCCAAGACCAAGGAAAGGCUUUCUACCUUGGCCAAAGAUGUAAAUGGAUCAACGAAAGAUCAAAAGACAAAGGACACUACUGUAGUAAGUGAGGCAAAGAAUACAGUUAGACUAGAGGCCACUAAAGAUGAUGGACCAAUUGAUUUGAGAGUGUAUGAACUCAAUUCAGACAGUGGAAAGUCAACACCUUCCAAUAACGGCAAGAAAGGGUCGAGCACAGACAUCAGUGAGGACUGGGAAAAAGACUUUGAUCUGGACAUGACUGAGGAAGAGGUCCAGUUAGCACUGUCCCGGGUGGACGUGACAGAUCAGCUGGAAGAUGAAGAUUGGGAAGAUUGGGAAUAAAUGCAAUUGUACCUUGCUUUUCCAGCUCCUUUCUUGAAUUGAAUUUUUUCUGAUGUAAUGGACUUGGUGUUUAUAUUCUUAGCCCGUAGUGUAUAUACAGGUAUUGUAUGCCAUUGCUUCAAUAAGCUUGUGUGACAUCUUUUUUACUGCAUGCUAUUGUAUCAUAUACAGGCUUUUUAGCAUGUAAUUCCAGAGAACUCUGAGCAUGGUUUAUAAUUGUUAAGACUAAAGUUCUAUUCAGUGAGAGACAUUACUAUUACUGUUUCUAAUGAUGUUUUGUUUCCUCGUAAUUAACAGCUGGUUGGUUGUGCAAUAUAUAUUUUAAAUUAUACAUGCAUUUUCUAGCUUUCAGAUAUGGGAAACCAUUAGUUUUGUAAUUCAAAUUCCCUUAGAUCUUUUACAGAUUUGCACUUGCAUCUAUGAAACUUAAAUUAUACAAAGUUAAUUCACUAAUGCAUUCUCUGUUUAAAAAAGCACUUUUUAAAUAAAAACGUCAGCUAAGAUGCUGAUGGGAAGUUGAAUUUCUCCAUUUAGAGUAACAAUGAAGCAAAUGCUCUUUUGAUAGGGGAGCGUUCCAAAAUAAAAGUAAAAAUCAUUUGA